AGUCAUUAAUGUUUCAUUUUUACUUCAGUUCAAACACUGAAACAUAAUUUUAUAAUUCAAUUCACAUUGGCACUGUUAUCCAAAAUAUGUAAGGGAUAUACAUGUUUUGUCAGUUCAUACAAUUAAAUUGAAUUCUAGCACCAUGCUCUAUGCUUGAGCUACAGGAACAUUCUGUUGCAGGAAAGGUUUUGCUGUACAUGCCCACUUCCCACUGUGAUGCCACACUUUUGUAAUCAUUUCAUCAAGUCUACUGAAGGCCACUAUCAGUAACAGCAAAUCAGCCUAUAGAUGUAGUGCAGGGUUUGCUGUCUGGUAUAAAACCAUCUGUCAGGAAGACCGAGAAGACAUACCAAGAUCAAGACUCGGCUUGUCCCAGUUCAUUAACAGCUCAAAAAUGGAUAAUGCAACCAAUGCAACAACCAUGCCAGGACCCUUAUCAAGCAUUGAAAUCUUCAAUAUAUUCAUAUAUUUUGUCGUCUUCACUCUGGGUAUCGUUGGAAAUGGGCUCGUCAUAUUUGUGACUGGCUACAAAAUGAAGACGACCAUCAACUCCAUUUGGUUUCUCAACUUGGCAAUUGCUGACUUAAUCUUCACCUUAGUCAUCAUCUUCUACAUUAUUACUGCCUUUAACAAGAUGGUUUGGCACUUUGGUGACUUCAUGUGCAAGUUUGUGAGCUUUGUGACGGUGCAAAACAUGUUUGCCAGCAUCUUUUUGCUGACCACUAUCAGUCUCGAAGGUUGCCUGUUCACUUGGGUGAUUUUUUGGGCUCAAAACAAGCAAACUCUGGUCAAAGCCAGGAUCAUCUGUGCACUUGUGUGGGUUUUAUCCAUCCUCUGCAGCAUUCCCUUUGUCAUCAGCCGCUUGGAAAAGGAUAAAAAAUGCAUUUAUAAUUUAAGUCAAGUCACCUUCAAGUCUCUGGUCAUUUAUAGGUUUAUGGUGGGUUUUCUCAUCCCCUUCCUGAUCAUUGCAUCUUCAUACAUUGCUAUUGGAGUGUGGGCCAAAUGUCUCAAAGGAGGAAAGAAGCAUAAGUCAUUCUGGGUCAUUAUAUCUGUGAUCAUGGCCUUUUUCAUAUGCUGGUUUCCUUUUCAUGUUCAACAGCUGUGUACUGUAAUUGCCCAUGAGAAUGAGUGGAGUGACUUUAAACAAGUAAUAGAUGACAUAGGGCCUUUUGUAAACUGCCUGGUUCAUCUCAACAGCUGUCUGAACCCCAUUCUCUACGUGCUCAUGUGUGAUGAGUUUAGGAAGAAGCUGAAACAGUCUCUGCUGCACUGUAAACCCAGAUAGUACUACUAACUUAUAAAGAUCGAGUAUGCUGUAAUUAAUUUCUGUUAAAUCACUGAUGCAACUUAAAACAAUUACAUUUUCUGAAUGAGGAGUUUAGUUUUAUUUUUGUGUAGCUCAACAUUUUUGAGUAAACCCUUGUCCUUAUUUAUUAUUUUUUAAGUUUACUGAGCGAUAUAAAGUGACAUCAUCCAUGACACAUCGUUGCUGAUGUUACUGACGUAACCAAAGUUAUCAGAAGAGUCCAUUCAACAUUACAGUUGCAGCCGAUUUCAAGUUCCCAGCAUGCUUUGCGUCACACUCUGUAAAGGCAGGAACACACCAAGUCAACGCCAACAAACUAGUGGUGACCAAAGCAGACUGUGGGGUUGGCUUACGUCGGCAGCAUCUGUGUCCAAAGUUGCCUUGACACAUCAAACCGACGCUCGACAGCCGACGGCCAAGUAGCAUGUC